AAUGUCAAUCUCUAUUUAAAUUUGUCUUGUUAUCGAAAUUCAAUUAUUUGUGCCUGUAAUAAGAAUUCUUAGAAUAUACGUAAAAAAAUGUGAAGCAGUAAUAUAAAAAAUAUUACAUUCAUACGUAUGUAAACAUUACGCAAUAAGCGGUUUCCAGGGGAAACAUAUCUGACGGGACACUGUGAAAUUUGCAAAGCCAGUGACCGUGUCUUAUCACGGCCUGAAAUUUUACGCGUGAAAUGUCAAAAUGGCGUCUUCGCAGGACGCUUGGUAUCUAUCGUUGUUAGGGCUAGCAGAAAACUUUCGAACCUCCAGUCCACCGAAUAUUAAGUCGUGUAUACAGUGCUUACAAGCGGUUUUUAAUUUUAAACCGCCUCCGAGAGUUGAAGCACGUACUCAUCUUCAACUUGGCAACAUCCUUCUUACGCAUACCAAAAACAUCGAUUUGGCGCGGUCUCAUUUAGAACAAGCGUGGCGAUUGAGUCAAAAUAUAAAUACUUUUGAUGAUGUUAAGUUUGAAGCAGCAAGUGUAGUUGCAGAAUUAUAUGAACAACAACAGCAACCAAAUCUUAGUAAACCAAUAUUACGGAAAGCUAUAGAACUUUCGCAACAUAAUGUAUAUUGGCAUUGUAGACUUAUUUUCCAACUUGCACAAAUACAUGCAUCGGAAAAAGAUUUUGUUGCAGCCAGUAGUUUACUUGCAGUAGGUGUUGAUUAUUCUCAUAUCAGCAAUGCAAGUUAUACAAGAGUUUUGUUCUUGUUGAGCCGAUGUAUGCUUUUAUUAAUAGACAAAAAAUUUACUGAAGUUCACCCUCUUUUAAAUUCAGCUGGUCAUCAUGUUGAAAAUUGGCAGGGUAAUCCACAUCAAAAAGAAUAUUUGAAAGUAUAUUUUUUGGUACUUCAAGUCUGUCAUUAUUUAAUGGCAGGACAAGUUAAAAGUGUAAAACCUUGUUUAAAACAAUUACAACAAAGUAUACAAACUAUAAUGUCUCCUAGUUGGCCAGCAGAUGAAGUAGUUACAGGUUCAAAUAUUGGAGAUAUGUUUAUAUGGAUGCCAAAGGACCAUUUAUAUGUUUUGGUUUAUUUAGUAACAGUUAUGCAUUCAAUGCAAGCUGGUUAUAUGGAUAAAGCUCAAAAAUAUACAGAUAAAGCAUUAACUCAAAUUGAAAAACUCAAAAUUGUUGACAACAAGCCAAUAUUAUCUGUUUUCCAAUUAAUGUUAUUGGAACAUAUAGUAAUGUGUCGAUUAGUGAUGGGAAAUAAAAGUGUAGCCCUUGCAGAAAUUUCCCAAGCUUGCGAACUUUGUAGAAGACAACCAAGGUUACUUCAAGGUCAUAAACCACAACUGCAUGCUUUAUUGGGAUUAUAUGCAAUGUCAAUGAAUUGUAUGGAAGCCGCGGAAGCGCAAUUUACAGCUGCUUUGAGAACAUCACAAGAAAGAGAAUUGUGGACUUUCGCGAACUUAAAUUUAGCAAUAGUAUAUCUUAGGACAAAGAGAGAUGCAGAUUUAGGUGCUUUAUUAGAACGAAUAAAUCCAGAAUCUUUACCAUCUCACUCGCAUUCUUUAAGAGCAGCAGCCUAUUAUGUUCAGGGUCUUCAAGCAUUUUUUGGAGCUAGAUACAAUGAAGCAAAGAGAUACCUCCGGGAAACAUUAAAAAUGGCUAAUUCUGAAGAUUUGAAUAGACUUACUUCAUGUAGUCUUGUCCUUCUGGGGCAUAUAUUUCUUUCUUUAGGAAAUAGUAGAGAAUCUAUGAACAUGGUUACACCUGCAAUGCAACUAGCUUCUAAAAUACCUGACGUCCAUGUACAAUUAUGGGCUACUGCUAUUCUUAAAGAUUUAUAUAGAAUUUGCGGGGAUCCGAGUCGUGAAAGUGAAGCAUAUCAAAUGCAUUGCACGUUUUCGCAAACUCUCUUAAAAGAUCACUUUCAAAGUACACAAAUGGGUGAACAUACUCUUAUACAAUGGACUGAUGGGCCUGUGCCUGCUUUGCCGAAUAAUCCACCACCUUCGACGUCGCAAGCAAUUCUUUAAUAAUUUCUAAAAAUUCCAUAACUUGUAUGUGUAAAACAUGUAAGAUAUUUGACAGAACACAAAAAUAUGUUAGGUUUGUAUAAUUUUAUUGGAUUAUAGGUUAAAUUAAAAAAUAAAUAAUAUUGAGAGAGUAAAGAUAGGAAUAAAAUAGGAAAAUACAAGGCUCUUCUAAAUGAAAAAAUUAAAAUCAGUUGAAUUAAAAAAGGAGCAGAUUAAUUGCGAUUAAAUUGAAGAGAAUAAAUUUAAUAUGGAUAUUAAAUAAUAUCCACAUUCAUUAUUUAUUACCUAAAUAAUUUCAGGCAACUAAAAAUCAGAUUUUCAUUUGCAGGGUUUCAUAAGAUAUUAUAUAUAUAUAUAUAUAUAUAUAUAUAUAUAUAUAUGUAUAUAUAUAUAAUAUAUAGGUUUGUACAAACAAAAUUUAUUGUAGUCAUUUUCUAUGUCACAGAGAUAAAUACAUAAAAAUAGUAUAAAAGAAAAUAUGUAUAAAGUAUGGAUAUAUUUUAUUAUUUUGUAAAUUGUAAAUUAUCUCAAAACUUUCUU